AGUAGACAGCACACACAAUACUCAUAAACAAAAAAUAAAAUAUAUAAAAUAAAUAUAAAAAAAAAUGCAUCAUUACGUUACGCGGCCACGUUCAUAUUUAUCCUUCGAUGUGGACUUUGAACACCUUGAGGAGGAGUCUGAGCCGCAGCCAGUGGCCAAUUAUACGCGCACACAGCUGCUGGUGCUGGACUACAAGCAGUUUAUAGCAGCGCGUCGCAUCCAGACCGCUUGGCGUGGCCACAGCACGCGUAAGCUGGGCCGGCAGCGCUGGGAGGCAGCAAUUACCAUUCAGCGCUGGUGGCGCGGCUUUCAAGUGCGUCAGCGUUUCGCUUGCCGCAUGGAGCAGCGACUGCAGCAGGCGCUGCUCGAUCACUACAAUGAGGCGGCAACCAAAAUCCAGGCGCUCUUCCGCGGCUGGUGGGUGCGGCAAACGGUGCACGAUAUGCACAGCUUGUAUCGCAUGCAGCUGUGCGCAGCUGAGGAGCUGCUCAGCUGUGUGGCACAGAAGCUGCAUUAUCUGCUGCGCACCUACAGCAUACCCGGCGUAUACUCGCUGCGCAACUCGCACUGUCUGUCGCGUGUGGAGAAGCUGUUGAGCAGCAUGAACUAUCGUUUCCACAACGAUCGCAUGCGCUUCCAGCAGGCGCGCAAGGCGGCCAUAGUGGCAGCUCAGCGGCGGGAGUAUAACAACGCCUUCAAUCACACCAAGGUGCCCUUUCCGGGUCCCAACUAUUUGGGCAUAUGCGAGCCCGCCUGCGAUGAAUGGCUGCGCAGCGGCGGCGAUAUGGACCGUCGCAUGUAUCAGAUUAUAGCCGAGUAUGAAAAGAGCGCAAUGGACAAGCAAGUGGUCAAAGUGCAUCGCACUUUGGCAGAGCGUAAACUGCGUCGUCAUAUCGAGGAAGUGCUGUAUCGUCAGAGCAAGGAGAAACACGAUUUCUGCGGCGAUGUUAUACGCAGCAUGCGCAAGUGGAAGAUCUGGCAGGACAAUCAGAUCACCAUUAGUACCAAUGUCUUUCGCACGCCUGAGCUGCUGCAGAGUUUCCUCGACGAGGUCUCUGAGCUCUGGGAGGAAAUGGAAGGCAACUGCCACUGCGGCACGCCGCUCACAAUCUGCCGCUGAGACUCGUACUCGCUUACGCUUAAAUUUGUAGUGUCGACUUUAAAAACUGCGCUGGCAACAUGUGCAUUUGACUGAUUA